UCCCGUCUCCUUGAAGAGUGGAGCGGGUGCGUGUCUGUGCCAAGGAUUGCCUUGUCAUUGUAUCCAGAGAGAAACGCGUGGUCAGCGGCACCACCGACAGCUUCACUGCAGCAACUGGUACAUGGUGGUGUAUAAAGGCAGACUGUAAGCCAGACAUGGAUACUGAAAAGAGCAGCGAGGUUUUAGAUGCGUCAGAGACUCCACAGCAAGAGGAGGCUGUAAUGGAAAAAGAGGUUGUGUCAAAAUUGGAGACACCAGUGGAAUCCACAGAGCCUGAGAAGCCACCAGCUGCUGGUGAGGAGACUGAGCAGCUGGCAGUAAAUGGUCAUGAUACAGAAAUCAUAAACGUAAAAGAAACAGAAGAGUUGAUUGUGACAGAAAAUGUGACACUGUCCGAGGAGAAAACAGAAAUAGAGAUUGACGACAGCUUGCCCAAUGAAAAAUCUGAAACGGAGUCAGUGCCCGGUGCGGUGGCUCCACCAGAACCAGAUGAGUCAUCUGAAAAGAUCUCUGACCCAGUUGCAGCUUUAGACACAGAACCAGAGAACAGUCAGCCUGAACAGCAGCCUGUGCCAGAGAAUGACCCAGAACCUUUGCCUGUGCAAACGCCUCUGGCAGAGAGUGCCCCUGUACCAGAGCCAGAGAAAUUGGCAGAAUCAGUUCCAGAAGCUGAACUACAAGAGCAAACAUCACCUGAACCAGUCACACUGCCGCAGCCAGUAGAAACACAACCACCCACCCAAGAAGAGAAAGUGUCAGAGCAAGUGGAGACUGAAGCUGAACUGCAGAAUACCAUGGAUACUGGAGCAGAAGAAGUUGCCAAAGAUGGGGAGGCAGCGAAUGAUGUCGCAGCUGAGCCUACAAAGGAGGGGGGAGAGGAAAAACCAGCAGAUACAGAGAAAGCAGCGGCAUCGGACACGGUUUUGGUGGCAGAAGUUUCCUCUGAUAAGCCAACAGAAGCUGUGGCAUUAAAGGAGGACAGUUCAGGUGAAAAUGUGAAACCUGCAGAGGACAAGAAGGAAGCUGAACCUGAAAAAUCGGUUGAGUCUGAUACUCUGAAGGGAGCUGAGGCGGCAGCAGCAGCAGAUGAUGAAGUUGUUAAAUCUGAGCAGAAUAAUGCUGAACCUGAAAAGGAAGAAGAUACAGUCCCUGCAUCUGGUUCUCUGUCCUUUGCCCUCCUGGAACGAGAGCAGACCAAAAACGCCCUGCGCACCUCUCGCACCCUUCUUGUUCUCAGAGGCCUUCCAGGAAGCGGCAAAAGUUUCUUGGCGCGUGCAAUAGCUGAUGCCUACAAAGACCACUGCUCUGUCAUCUGUGCUGAUGACCAUGGUGUAAAGCCAGAGAAUCCAGAAUCAUCUGCGGACGGAUACAAGGCUCUGGAUGAGGCUGUGGUGGCCUGCUGCAGCGCAGGAACAGCUUCCUCUGUGCUGAUAGUGGUGGAUGACACCAACCACACCCAGGAUCGGCUGGCCCGCCUGGGGGAGAUUGCUGAGGCGCACCAUCUUGUUGCCAUCUUCCUGGAACCGCAAACAGCAUGGAGCAGUGAUCUAGCACAGCUGACCAAGAAGACCAGGCGAGGCCUAGAGGAGGCCCAACUGGAAGCCAUGAAGGGUCCACUCGAGGAAGUGUCCAUUCCUUUUUACUUUGGCUGGUUUCUUCUCUCCUCUGUCCAGGACAAGGUUAGGUGCACAUCAAUGGACUUCCUUAAAACGCUGGACACCUUGGAGGCCUUCAAGAAACACAUGAUAGACUUCACUGGUAAAGCUGAAAAAGAGGUGGAUCUGGAGCAGUACUUUGAAGCCAAAGGAACCCUCCAUUGCACUACAAAAUUCUGUAACUAUGGGAAAGCAGAAGGUGCCAAAGAAUAUGCACUGAAGCCAACUGUCAAAGAUUUCUAUGGCUCUACAUUUGAGCUGUCACUGAGUGCUCUCUUUGUCACUCCUCGCACUGUCGGUGCCAGAGUGUCCCUCACUGAGGAGCAGCUUCUGCUGUGGCCAGACGAUGCCGAAAAGGAGGCAGCGUCUGUUGUCCCUGCAGCUGCCUCCCUGCCUCUGGGAAGCCGCGCCCACGUUACUCUGGGGUGCGCAGAGGGUGUCGAGCCAGUUCAAACAGGCCUGGAUCUGCUGGAAAUCCUAGCCCUGCAGCAGGAAGGCCAGCAGGGGGAGCUGGUUGAGGAGAUGGAGCUCGGCUCUCUGACCUAUUAUGGUGAAGGAAGGUGGCUGCUCAGCCUCAGAGAGCCCAUCUGCGCCCCAGCCUGCUUCUCCAGCUUCUACACGCGCAAGGAGCUGGAGCCGACCAAAAAAGAACCUGAGAAGAAGAAGAAGCCAAAGUGCAGCAUACUGUAAAUGGCAGACAUGGGGGUGUGUGGCCUGGAUGACUGGUGAAUUAAAACUUAGGCUUACUCUGUGCAAGGUUUGUGUGUUUGUGCAGUGUUUAGGGAUUCAGUAAUAGCCACCCUAAAUCCACAAGCUGUGUGCCUUUUACUGUUGAUUUGCACCACAACCCAAGAUGCCUUCAGUCCAGUUAGGCUUGUUGUUGUCAACGUUCAGUAUCUUGUUUCACAUAUCAGUGCCAGAGUUGCAAUACCUGGCUAUUUGCUGAGGUGUUGUUGGCUGCAGUUUUAGGUAGUAUAGCCUCCUCCCACAGCUCCACAGUUACCUAAAACUUAGAUGUCCCCUUCUAUACAUGUCAGUGUUUCUCAGUAUUCAGAUGUGAAUGAUAAACUAGGUACUCUCAUUGCAUGCAUCCCAGGUUAACAGUAGCAACAUAUUAACACUUUUCUGACCUGCUAACGGUAGCUCUGCCUCUUCAACAUAUUUGUCUGGUGUUUACUUUGGCUUAGUUGUAAAUGAAAAAGAUAAGCUGUCAUUUCUGUGCAAGUGUGUAUGUGUGCGCAGCCUAGGAAGUAAUUGUUACAAUAGCAUAUGGGCCAAAGUUAUCUAUUUGAUUAAGUGUAUUAGAGUAAUGUCAUUUAUAGAGGUUCUUCCUUGUAAAAUCUUUUGCACUGUGCAUAAUUUCAAAGGGAGAAUGCUGAUGAAUUUUGGCAUUUGUUUCAGCAGCUUGCACUUAGUACUUCUCAUGCUGUGAAACCAAGUCCAUGUUUUGCAAUCUUUUCUACUGCGCAAGACUGCACCAUUGAUCCCUUUUAUCCUCUUUGAACAGCACUUCCAUGUAUUGCAUUUUGACUUGUAUCCUCUGUGACUGUAAUUUUUGAAGGGCAACUCCUACUUUGUGUAGCUCUUAUGAAUCACUAUUUUUGCACUUGUUUUGUACACUUAAUAAAAAAGAACAUGCUUUGCUCCAGUA